CCAGGUGGUAAGGCAGAGAGCCCUGGCGACCUGUCUCCACCACCGGAGAAAGGCAAACCGCCACCAAAAUGCUUAGAGGGAGACACAAAUUCCUCCCUUCCGACGAUGUCCUUCUCCUCCUAUCAACGCUGCUCACAGCCAUCAUCUGUCGUGGCUCCUCCGACGACGGACUUGUCAUGGCCGCGCUGGCCAAAGCCACCAACCCUCUUGGAUGGACCGGCCCCGAUUUUUGCAAAUGGGACGGCGUCGCCUGCGAUACACCGAACAAAGUCAGCUCCAUCAACCUUGCAUCAAAAUCUCUCUCUGGAAAAUUGCCACCUGAGCUAAACCAGCUCUCCAGCCUGAAAACCCUCAGCCUUCAACGGAACAAGUUUUCAGGGCCGUUGCCAGCUUUGUCCAACAUGGCUUCUCUUCAAGAAGUCAAUCUUGAAGAUAAUGGUUUCACUUCCAUCCCACCAGGCUUCCUCUCAGGCCUAACAAGCUUACAAUUCUUUAGCAUCAACAACAACAGCAAUCUCCCACCAUGGACAAUGCCUAGCACCAUAAAAGAUUCCCCGUCUCUCGCUACUUUCUACGCAAGCAAGGCCAACAUGGUGGGUGAGAUUCCAGACAUCUUCAGGUCAUUGCCAAAUUUCGCGAACCUCAAACUCUCCUACAAUAAUUUGACAGGGUGGAUGCCGUGGUCGUUCGCCAAAUCUGGGAUUCAAUCUUUGAUGCUCAAUAAUCAGAUGUUGGGGCUUUCAGGGCCCAUUGAUAUUCUUGGUGAAAUGCAUAGUCUGAGAGAGGUUUGGAUUCAGAGCAAUCAGUUUUCAGGGAGCAUAUCUGACCUCUCUGCCUGCACAGAGCUGUCGGAUCUCCAGCUACGUGACAAUCGGCUCACGGGGGUUAUCCCUGAUUCACUUACUAAGCUUCCAAAGCUGACGAAUGUCGCCUUGCAGGGCAACGUGUUCCAGGGUCCGGUGCCAAGUUUCCCACCGGGCAUUCAAGUGAAUCUUGGAAAAGAGAACCAUUUCUGCAACCCUGGCCCCGGACCGUGUAGUCCCCAGGUCACUGUGUUGCUCGAGAUAGCAGCUUCAAUGUACUAUCCGAUUGUCUUAGCAGAAGCCUGGGAAGGGAAUGAUGCAUGUCAGGAAUGGCAGUUUGUUACGUGUGAGAAGGGGAGUGUGGUCGUGAUCAAUUUCUCCAAGCAGAACUUCAUGGGAGGCAUAUCACGUUCAUAUGCCAGUUUACCUAGUUUAAGAUCAUUGUAUUUGAAUGAUAAUAAGCUGGUGGGAGUCAUACCUAAGAGUUUGACAAGUUUGAAGCAACUGCAGAUUCUCGAUAUCUCCAACAAUAAUAUUUCUGGAAAAGUGCCAUCUUUCCAGUCUACAGUGAUAUUGAAAACGGAUGGUAAUCCAUUCAUCGGGAAAGUCGUGCCAGUCACCUAUCCAGGAGGACGCCGGCCACCCGGUGUAGAACUAGAAGAGACAGAGUCUUCUUUAGCAAAAUGGGUGAAAGUUGUUGUUAUUCUCAUCUGUCUCGUUAUAAUUGCUGGCUUAGCAUGGUUGAUCUACAGAUGGUUCUAUAAAAAGCAAAAACACAGAUGGUUUAAGAAAAUAAGUGAAGAGCAUAGCACCAUCAGUAUGGAGCAGACAACAGAUUAUGGCAAAAGCACCAAUGUUAGUAGCUUCAACCAGAGUCCCAUGAAAAGUAGUGAAAUCAGUGAUUAUAAUAUAUAUGAUGGGGGGAAUGUUAUCAUACCGAUUGAAGCUCUCCGUAAAGCUACCAACAACUUCAGCAAAAACAGUAUACUCGGGAAGGGAGGAUUUGGCAUUGUUUAUAAAGGAGAACUCCCUGAUGGCACUAAAAUAGCAGUAAAGAGAAUGGAGUCAUCAAUGAUCAGCGACAAGGGACUAAGCGAGUUCAAGGCUGAAAUAGAGGUCCUCACGUCUGUCAGACACCGGAAUUUGGUCUCCCUUCACGGAUUUUGCAACAAUGGUAGUGAGAAGCUAUUAGUUUAUGAGUACAUGCCACAAGGAUCUUUGUGUCAGCAUCUGUUCGAAUGGAAGGAAAUGGGAACUCCUCCCCUAACUUGGAACCAGAGAGUAAAUAUAGCUCUUGAUGUUGCCCGAGGGGUCGAGUAUUUGCAUAGCAUGGCAAACCAGAGCUUCAUUCACAGAGAUCUGAAACCAUCCAACAUUCUUAUUGGAGAUGACAUGAGGGCGAAGGUUUGUGAUUUUGGCUUGGUGAAACAAGCCCCCGAUACCAAUCAAUCAUUCGAAACACGGUUGGCAGGAACCUUUGGCUAUCUUGCUCCAGAAUAUGCCGCGACAGGAAAGGUUACUGUAAAAGUUGAUGUAUAUGCCUUUGGUGUGGUGUUGAUGGAAAUCAUCACCGGGAGAAAGUCCUUGGAUAGUUCCCUGCCGGAUGAUAGUAGCCACCUGGUGAAGUGGUUUCGUCCAUUCCUCCAAGGCAAAGAUAAAAUCAAAGAGGCUGUGGAUCCUGUCCUCCGUUCAGACUUAAACGAAGAGACUUUCGAAAGUUUGUGGAAGGUGGCCGAGCUAGCCGGACACUGCACUAGAGAAGCCAACCAACGGCCUGACAUGAGCCAUGUUGUCACGGUGCUAUCAUCUCUGGUGGAGCAGUGGAAGCCAGCUGCAGAUGAAGAUAGCUUCAGGGUAGACAUUGGCAUGAGACUCUCACAAGUCUUGCAGAAAUGGAAACUCAAUGAGGACUCGUCUUCUACAAUAGCCACUGAUUACAUAAAACAGAAACAACCUCCACAAUAGCUAUUGUUUACAUCAAAUAGAAGAACUAUUAAACAAACAUGAUCAAGUUCUCUGUCUUGUCAAUGGUA